AUGCUUCCACUCUUUAUUGGCCACAUUACAGGGUUCACACUCCCAUCAUUCUCUGCUAAAUUUUGCAUAGCAGAUGAUGCUUCAAAAUCAUCUUGCCCAAGUGAUUACACAGUAAAAUCUCCAGAUACAACAGAGAUUUCAAGCAUAACAUCAUUAUCAUUAUAUAUUGUUUCUAAUCCAACAUCAGAGAUAACAAUCUCCUUUACCACUGUUUUAUCUGUUGAAGGCCUUCCUUCUCAAACAUUAAAGAAGAUCACAGUUAUUCCAUCAUCAUCUAUAUUAACUGCCAUCACCCAGGGUAUUAGCGCUGUUACAUCUUCCGUUGCACUUAAAAAUAUUGAUUUCAACUACAAAGGAAAUUUAAUUUCUGCUUCACUAGAUCUUCAAGGGGCAAUCAAACUUGGCGACUUUUCAAUUACAACACGCUCAUUCACAAUUGGUGACAACGUCAAGCAGUUACUUUCUGAUGUUACCGUCAAACUUUUCAGUGUUUCAUUGGGUGAAACAGCCGUAUUAACAUUCAAUGAAGAUCUUAAGAAGACUCUUUCUGUUGGUGUCAAGAAGAUCAUUGUUAGUGCAGAAAACAUUACAAACAAGCUCACAUUAAUUUCCUCAAUUCCAUUAUUGACAAAAGUUAAGACUAUCCAAGAAAAGGGUACCUUAAUUAUCAAGAGAUUUGGUAAUCCAUCCCUUUCCGAAAUACUUAAACUCGAUGUCGAAACAAAUGGCGGUGUUAUCGAAUUUGCCAACCAGAAGUGGAAGCAAGUUGAAGGAUUCCUCUCAUCAUUAAUUGACAACUUCAACUUCAUCAACAUUAUCCAGAAAAAGGCAACUGAAAUCAAAAUUUCCGGAAGAAAUAUCCCAGUAAACAUCAAGAACGCCGGAACUGAAGCAUUGAACAUCAUUGUCAAUACAUCGUCAGCCGGUAUCCAAGGCCUUAUCCAGAUCAAGAACGCCGCCGAUAAAAUUGUUGGCGAAGGCUUCUCCAAGUUCGAAUUAGCUGUUGGAAAGUUCGAAACCACCAUCGACAACUUCAACUUGGACUCAAAGAUCGCUUUAUCUCUUCCAUCCGACUUCCAGUCCACAGUCAGUGGGUUCCUUUCAAAAGUUGAGAAACUUGUCAACAAACUCGAAGCCAAGAUAACAACACUUACACAGGAAACACUCAACCUUGCUUCAGAUGCUCUCCUUAACCUCCAGAUGAAGUUUGAUGGCGGAGAACUCAAAUCUGGCCUCAUUGAUGUCACAAAGUCACUUCAACUCCCAGAUGUCGGAAAAGUUCUUCUCAACAUUGACGCUGCAAUUGACUCCAACUCUGACUUCCAGAAGAUCAAAGAGUUAAUCACAACUCCUCGCAAGUUAUUCUGCUCCAAAGUUCCAUUCAACUGCUCCUCAUUCAAACUCAACGUCAACGGCGGCGACCUUCCUCUCCCAGAGUUAGACCUUGUUUGCGAGACUGAGGAAUCAACUGGAAAGCAGUGCGUUUCUGCCUGA